CCCUCCCAAUCAUGUGAUUCAGGUGUUCCAAUUCCCUCCCAAUCAUGUGAUUCAGGUGUUCCAAUCACCUCCAUAUCAUGUGAUUCAGGUGUUCCAAUCACCUCCAUAUCAUGUGAUUCAGGUGUUCCAAUCCCUUCCAUAUCAUGUGAUUCAGGUGUUCCAAUCCCCUCCAUAUCAUGUGAUUCAGGUGUUCCAAUCCCCUCCAUAUCAUGUGAUUCAGGUGUUCCAAUCCCCUCCAUAUCAUGUGAUUCAGGUGUUCUAAUCCCCUCCCAAUCAUGUGAUUCAGGUGUUCCAAUCCCCUCCAUAUCAUGUGAUUCAAGUGUUCCAAUCCCCUCCAUAUCAUGUGAUUCAGGUGUUCCAAUCCCCUCCAUAUCAUGUGAUUCAGGUGUUCCAAUUCCCUCCCAAUCAUGUGAUUCAGGUGUUCCAAUCCCUCCAUAUCAUGUGAUUCAGGUGUUCCAAUCCCCUCCAUGGAUACAGGUGUAUACAAUCAAGCCCCUAGGCAUGCAGACUGCUUCUACAAAC